GAGACAGCUGAUUCUGGCAUCACCAUCUCCGAGGCCGACUGUCACGUUGUCACAACACACUUUCUGUAGUUAUUUUUUAAAUACAAACCACAAUGUUCCGCCGAAAGUUGAUGGCCCUCGAGUACAUGAACCCCGAAACUUUUAAUAUUAAUGAUGAGAAGAGCUUUCGUGACUUGAUUGUUUGGCUGGAGGAUCAGAAGAUUCGGCAUUACAAGAUUGAAGACCGCGGUGAUCUAAAAGCAAUCGACUCCAAUGAGUGGCCCACGACAUACAAGCGCUAUUUAGGAGGACUCAACUGCCCCACAAAUCCUAAUGAUAGACAAGCAGUGGUAGAUUGGUUGCUGGGACUGGCUGUACGAUUUGAAUAUGGUGAUAACGAGAUUGGACGAACUUUGGUGCGGAAGCUAAAAGUGGAUAAGUUCAAGACUGAGACGGCAGAAAAUGUUCGAAAUAGGCAGCAGAGUGCCCCCAAAAUUGUCAACACAAAUCCUCUGGAUGGUCUAGACUUCCAAAGUCCAGAAUUUAGAGAUGGAGUUAACCGCCUGGCGAAACAACUGAACAUUACGCCGCAUCCGAAUCACCUUAUCACCCUUAAGGCCAUAAGUAAGCUCAUUAGAACUCGGCUGUCAACAGAAGCACUACAGAAUCCAGGAGAGUUUGUUCACCAGGGCAAACCUUAUCCCAUCUUCGAGUCAGACCUGGGUUUCGACACAGGUGACAACGUGCUGAACAAUGCUGGGAAAGCCUUGAGACUCAUGUAUAUCCAUGACCUGCGAGACCUCCAGACCAAAAUCAAUGAGUGUAUAGUUUCAGUGCAGAACAUUACUGCAGAUCCCAAGACCGACACUAAGCUAGGCAAAGUGGGGCGCUAGUAAGACACACUUUAAAACAGGCCUUUAAAACAUUGUGGCAAGACUAAAUGGAAUGGAUAGGUCAUGUGUUAUUCCAAGCUUGGCUGAUGACUGUAAACAUUCACUUAUUCAGAUACGGUUCACAAGGAAGAGUGAGAACCACAACUUGAUAUAAACAUGACUUAUUGUGGCUUGACUUUACACAAUCUACAAAUAUUUAAUUAAUUCAGAAAACUCCAUAAAAAAAAAAGGAUGUAUUCACUUAGUAAAAUACAAAAACUCUUCUUAUUCUUUGUAUGCAUUUGUAUUGAAGGUUCAUCCUCUUCAAUCUGAAUAAUCUGUUGAAUGAAAUUUUGUUUUCUUGUUCCUUUAUCUUUUUGUAAUUGUUUUUUUCUGGGUAUGUAAAGCGAAGUAAAGUCAAACUUUGAUAAGCUGCUGUUAUUAGUUAACAUAUGUAUACAUAUAUGUUUCAAGGUUGCAGAUACACCCCUCCCCACCCAAAAUGUAUCCGCAUACAUAAGCUUUGCAAUCUUUAUUCAGAGACCUCCAUAAGAAAAUUCAAGUGUAAUCUUGUGGCAUUACAUAAACAUGCAGAAAUGUUAUUUUUAUUUAACACCAGAUAAUUGUGUACUUUAUAUAACCCCUUAGCCAGCAAAAUAAUCAAUUGUUUAUGCAGUUUAAAUUAACAGCAAAACAAAAUUUGAAAAUAAAACAUAUGCAAAUGA